AUGAUGAUCACCGUAGAUGAGAUUACACCAGAUCAAUGGAGCCAUCCAGAUAAGGAGGGUGAGUUGAAGAAACAAGGACAUAUUGUGAAGAACUGGAAGAAGAGAUGGUUUAGGAUACAGAAGGAUAUGUUGUUCUACUUUAAGGAACAGAAUGAUCCACGUCCAAUUGGUGUCGUACCAUUGAGGAUGUGUCGUGUCAGUGUCAACAACAACAUUGGCAAGCAGUGCUGCUUUGAACUGGUGUCACCAAGAAUCGACAAGACAUUCUACAUCCAGGCCAACAAUCAAGAUGAGAUGAACGUCUGGAUCAAGGCCGUCGAGAAAGGUUCUGAGUACUCCAGCGUCGGCACACCAUUCAACCUAAAGCACAUCGUCCAUGUUGACUUUAACUCUGCCACAGGUUUCUCUGGCUUGCCAAAGGAAUGGGAGGUCAUUCUAAAGACCAACAAUGUAUCAAAGGCUGAAGUGUUGGACAAGCCCAAUGAGUGGCUCAGUGUAUUGGAGUUCCAAGCUGGCAGGACUGCUGCUGAUGGAAAGCCAGGCCCUUCAUCUGCACUUCCAGAUGAGUCCAACCAAACAAUCAAUGAUCUGGUCAACAGGGAGGACCCAACAAAGAUAUAUAAGAACAUGACAAAGAUUGGUGAGGGCGCAGCGGGAGAGGUGUUUGUCGCCACAUCAUCCAAGACCACAAAGAGAGUGGCCAUCAAGAAGAUUGAGAUCAACAACGACAAUGCCAAGUUGCUAGUAACAGAGAUCGCCAUCAUGAAGACAAGCCAGCACGACAACAUCGUCAGCUACAUCGACAGCUACAUUGUGAAUGACAGAGAGCUAUGGGUGGCCAUGGAGUUCAUGGGGGGUGGCUGUCUCACCGACAUACUGGAGGCCUUCAACAACAUCAAGAUGACUGAGCCACAGAUCGCCUACGUGUUGCGCGAGACACUCAGAUCACUGCAAUACAUCCACUCGCUGCACCGCAUUCAUCGUGACAUCAAGAGUGACAACAUCCUGCUCAGCUCCGACGGUGCUGUCAAGAUUGCCGACUUUGGAUACGCUGCACAGCUCACACAGAAGCAGCAGAAGCGUAACACCGUCGUCGGUACACCAUACUGGAUGGCGCCAGAGUUGAUUCGUGGACACGACUACGGCAUCAAGGUUGACAUAUGGAGUCUUGGCAUCAUGAUGAUGGAGAUGGCUGAGGGUGAGCCACCCUACAUGGACUUCCCACCUCUCAGAGCCCUCUUCUUGAUCACUACCAAGGGUAUUCCACCCCUCAAGGAGCAGUCCAAGUGGAGCAAAGACUUCAACGACUUCUUCAACAAGUGCCUUGAUAUCAAUGUCCAGACCAGACCAGAUGCCGCCACACUCUUGAGGCAUCCAUUUUUAGACAAGGCAUGUGAUGGCAAUCAGUUCAAGCCACUGAUUCAGUUGUCAAGAGAGUCUUCAUAA